AUGAUAUUACAGUUACUCCAUCUGUUGUCCUUUGUAAUCGUCUCUAACGCCCUAGAAGCUUAUAGUGGUGGAAGACUUUUCAGUUCGAGCUUCGGAUAUCCUGGUAUCAAUGCCUCUUACGACUACGUGAUCGUGGGCGGCGGGACAGCGGGGUUGACACUGGCGACGAGGCUGGCUCUGAACGGUAGUUAUUCUGUCGCUGUCGUGGAAGCUGGAAGCUUCUACGAACUGGAUAAUGGCAACUACAGUCAAAGACCGUCCGGUGUCAUUCGCUCUGCGGACGCAAGCCCCAAUCUCGGCACCGUGAAUGGCCUUAUCGAUUGGAGAUUUCUCACCACACCUCAAGCGGGGUUGCUGAAUCGUACGGCUCAUUAUGCACGUGGCAAGUGCCUUGGAGGUUCGAGUGGCCGUAACUAUCUUCUGUACCAAAGAGGAACCGUUGGCUGUCUCGACAAAUGGGCCAAAGAAGUAGGGGAUACCUCAUACGAAUGGCAAAAUGUAUUGCCUUACUAUCAGAAAUCGACUCACUACACGCCAGCCGACACCACCACUCGUGCUGCAAACUCCUCCCAGGGCACUGUGGAUGAGACCGAAGCAUUUGGAAAGAACAAUGGACCUCUUCAGAUUACUCUCCCGAAGUAUGCCGCUUCUUGGUCAUCUUAUUUCCCUUCUGCCUUUUCAGAGGUUGGGUUACCGGCCCUGACGAAAGGUACUAAUGACGGAGUACUCAAUGGUUGGACAUACAUGNAAAUGUCCGAGGAUCCAAUCCAACAGACGCGAAGUUCCUCAGAAACAUCUUUCCUCAGACUGGCAUUGGAGCGUACUACCCUCAUCGUAUACACCCAUGCGUUGGUCAAACGGAUCAUCUUUGAUGACAGCAAGACUGCACGAGGCGUAUCAGUUGACAUUGGAAAUAUGAAGUUCAUGCUGAAUGCAACGAAAGAGGUCGUCGUAUCCGCUGGUGCCUUCCAAUCGCCACAGCUCUUGAUGGUCUCUGGUAUCGGACCAGCAUCCAUUCUAGAGAGUCUCAACAUCCAUGUCAUCUCAAACCUGUCAGGCGUUGGAAAAAACAUGUGGGACAAUCCACGUCUCACCCUGUCAUUGCAGGUAAACCUAGAAACCGGCACAACAUUGACCAAUCAACCCAGAAGGAACCUCGAGGAAACGGAGAAAUACAUUGCCAACCGUACCGGCAUGCUCACCUCAACAGGUGCCGAUUUCGCCGGCUUCGUCAAGCUCUCCAAUGACUCUUGCACAAACCUCUCUUCAGCAACACGAUCUUCUCUGGCCGAGACUUUCCCACAGGAUUGGCCAGAAGCAGAGUUUUUCGCAUCCUCGAAUGGAGUCGCGGGCUUAGCUCACGACGGCGCGGGCAUCUUCAUUGGACUUCUCACGACGUUCAGUCGGGGCAGUGUGAACAUAAAUUCAUCAGACAUGGCAGUCGCACCUGUGAUCGAUCCUGCCUGGCUAACAGACAAACGCGAUCAAGAUCUCGCAGUCAAUGCAUUCAAAUAUGCUCGUCGCCUUGCCAAUACUACAUCUUUGCGUAGAGUCAUUGUUGGCAAUGAAGUUGCGCCAGGAUCUGCGGUUCAAUCUGAUGAGCAGAUUCUUGAGUAUUUGAAGAACACCACGGUCACUUAUUAUCAUGCUGCGUGUACCUGUAAGAUGGGUAUGGAGAAUGAUAGUGUAGCUGUAGUUGACAAGGAUGGCAAGGUUUUUGGAGUCAAGGGGCUGAGAGUUGUAGAUGUUAGCGCUCUGCCUUUGUUGCCACCUGGACAGCCGCAGGGCACCGUGUAUAUGUUGGCGGAGAAGAUUGCUGAUAGGAUGCUGGAGGAAGCUUAA